UUUCCCAUCAACGUAGGGGGAGGCUGGGAGGGGUCGAAAAUGGAAGCGAGGGUCGGCGUGUGGCCGGCUUCCGUGGGAGAGCACUUUAAGGAGGAGGAGGGAAGUGGAGGCCCGGGUCCCCGCCCGGAACUGUUGCUGCUGGACCCGCCCCGACGUGCGUGUGUGUCUGUGCUCCGCAGGGAGCCAUGGAGAACUGCUUGGCGGCGGCCUGUCUGAACGGGGUGGACCGACGCGUCCUGCAGCGCUCGGCGAGGCUGGGCCGGGAGGUGCUGGCGCGGGCCCAGCGACGCGCCGUCAACUGGCACUCGCGGGAGCUGCCCGCCGGCAGCUCGGGGCUCGCUCCGCGGGAGCGGCUCUUCCGGGAACGGCGCCCUCUGGCGGCCUCCCCGCGCGCUCUCCCCGCAGAGAGAGAAGAAAGACACCCAACCCUCAGUGCUUCCUUCAGAACAAUGGCUGAGUUCAUGGACUAUACUUCGAAUCAGUGUGGGAAAUAUUACUCAUCCAUGCCAGAGGAAGGAUGUGCCACCCAUGUCCACCGUUACCACAGAGAGAAGUCAGAGAUGCACUUGUGUUCAGACAGAGGGAAUGGUCAUCAGGUGUGUAUCUUCAAAAAAGACACAUCCCCUGACCUUGGAAACCUCUAUCAACCAACUGAGUCUACUCUCAAGGCAUCCCAGCCCGCUGAGAACAUCUCUAAGGACCUCUACAUAGAAGUAUUUCCAGGGACCUACUCUGUGACCGUGUGUUCAAAAGGCUUAACCCAGAAGACUCAUGUGGUGGCAGUGAAUUCAGGACAGAGUGUGGACUUGGACUUCCCUGCAUGAUGCUGAUCUUCACAGCCAUCAUGUUC